GUAUUCAUAGUGUUCGUUAAGUACAAGUUUGAAAAAUGGAGAAGCAUGAUGAUAAUGUAUGCUUAUCUUUACAACGAAUUGACCCUUUGUGUAAAAUAGUCUCGUGUGUGGUUGUAAAUGAUAGCCAAUAUAGUGUUGAAUUAAAAACUAAAUUUUCCGGUGACUGUGAAUCGGCAUGUAACGAUUGGCUACGCAAGUAUUCAACGGAGACAAAAACAGAUUGGAUCGUUAAUCGUACAUAUCCAAAAUUAACCAGAAUCGCCUUUCGCAAAGAUUUUGUGUGUCACCAUUCUAAAAGAAACAAAUCUAUUGAUACCAGCCGUUUACGCAAUAGAAAUUUUGACUGUUCUGCAAGCUUGGUAGUUCGAGUUAGAAAAAACACCGUUGAUACUAGGAAGAGAGACGUUUUGAUGAAGGAAGGGUUUAAUGCAAUCAUAAAGAUUGAGGCACAUCAUAAUCAUGCCGUGCACGUUGCCGAAGCGUAUAGUUAUCUUAGAAUGAGCGAAGACACCAAAGCAGAUUUUUUGAAGUAUUUCAAUGAAGGUCUUACUCCUGCGGCAGCUAAAAUUUAUCAUGAGACGUGCUUAAUCGCAUCCUCAUCAGAGGAAGAAGAUGUAACGAAAAUGUUGGCAGAUGGGCAUAUUAAUCCGUUAGAUAGAAGUAUCUAUCAUUUUUACGAUAUGUGGAGGUCCAAUCAUUUUGGUGAUCGCACAAAGGAAAGCAUGAUCGAGGUAAUUAAAAACAAAAAUGCAUAUUAUACUGAAAAUAAUAUCACAGUGACCAUAAAAGAAGACCCAUUUAUUGUAUGCAUCGUAACACCACUUAUGAAAAGAGCACAUCAAGAAACAUUCAGUUCUGAAAUAAUUUUCGUCGACUCCACAGGUUCUUGCGAUCAAGCAGGAUCCUACUUAACAUUUAUUUUUGGAGCAUCCAAAAUAGGUGCUAUACCUCUUGGUUGUGUCAUUCAUCAAUCACAAAAUGAGGAAUGUUAUAAGGAAGCAUUUGAGAGCUUAAAACAGACUAUUGGAGAAACAGGGUUUAAUGGAAAAUUUCCUGCAGUUAUAAUGACUGACGACAGCGCAGCUGAACGGAAAGCAUUAGCUGCAACUUUUCCCCAAUCCAAAUUAUUACUAUGCUCCUUUCAUAUAUGCCAAGCCAUGUGGAGAUGGCUAUGGGACUCAAAACAUAAUAUUGAAAAAUCCGACCGUAAACCCCUUAUGUUGGCAUUCCGAGAAAUUGUUUUUGAAAAGGAUGUAACCAAUACCGACGAAUUGCUAAACGAUUUUUUAAACAGCAGUCUACUGUUAAAAUAUCCCUCACUUAAGGAGCAUAUUGUUGGACUUUGGGAACGAAAGACUGAAUGGUGCUUAUGCUUCAGGUCAUCUUACUUAACUCGAGGACAUAAUACUAAUAAUAUGGUGGAAGUAUCAAUUAGAAUAUUUAAAGAUAAUAUUUUACAACGAUGCAAAGCAUUUAAUUCUGUAUCUACUAUUGACUUUGUGUCCAAUCAGCUAGAACAACAUUAUGUAAGGCGUAUACGAAAAUAUGCCCUUAGCCGUGUAACAAAACCCGAAUUGUUACACAAUAAAUUUUGUUUAAAAGCAAAGGAGUUAGAAGUAAUAAAGUUAACUGAUAAUAUGUACAACGUCACUUCCUCCAAGAAAUUUUAUGUAUAUGUAGUUCAUACUGAUAUUGCAAUGUGCGACUGUCCACGAGGUCAAGGGGGUGCAUUUUGUAAGCACCUGUGUGCAGUUGAAAUAAAAGAACAUAUAUAUUUAAGUAAUUGUCCUAGACUAACUUUUAAUGAUAGAGUUUUACUGGCGAAAUUGGCAGAGGGACCAGACAUUGACGAGACAUUUUUUAAAGCCAUGACCGACUUAACUAACAACGAUAACAACAUAUUAUAUAUGUCAGAACAGCCAAUCGCAUACAAUAACAGCUUCUUCGAUACAAAUAUGGAUUUUUCUGUUCAAAAUUUACCAAAAGAUCCUUCUAAUAAUGAAAGCUGUAACGAAGAAAUAAAGAAUUUCGAGACAAAUCUAGACAACGUGAGGAACAUAAUUACUUCUAAUCAAGGUCCUCACAUGAAAAAAAUGCUAGGGCUACUUAACAGUAAGCUAAAAAAAAUCGAGAAUCCAUCAGAUUUUUUUGAUUUUUGUACGUUGGUCAAAAAACAGUCAGUAUUCAAAGGCAGAAAAAUUAAGGUUCAACCAACUUCUGUCAGCAGAAGAAAGCCUCGAGAAGGAUUGUCUUGUGGAUCUCGUAGGAUUCAAUCAGGACGUCCGUCCAAAACCGAGGCAACAAAAGGAAAAAAAAGAAGCAGAAACCUCAUGAGAAACAUAACAGAGAACCAACCUAAUGCUAAAGGGCAUGGAUCUGCUCAUUAAUCUUAUGUUAUUUAAUGCUCAUUAUUUUUUAUGCUCUUCUUUUGUGUUAAUAUAUUAUUGUUUAUA